AUGGCCGUGCUGAGGGCCAACCCCGACGGCUCCGUGGCCAUCACCGGCGUCCUGGCCGACCUGCUGGCCACGCUGAGGGAGGUCACCAACCUCACUUAUCGCUGCCACCGCGUUAAGGACGGAGGUUGGGGGUCAAAGGUCAACGGGCGGUGGAACGGGAUGGUCGGCGAGGUCAAGCGGGGAGAAGCUGACAUCGCGGUGGCGGCUUUAGACAUCACGCCGGAGCGGAGCACAGCAGCUGAUUUCCUUAUUGGAAUGCUGUAUGGCAGAAUAGUCAUGCGGCGCCCAUCCAGCGCCGAUUUCGUGUGGACAGCCUAUACGAUGCAGUUUCAAAAAGACGUUUGGAUGGUUCUGGGCAUCACCGCCGGGGCACUGAUGGUCUUUAUACUCCUGGUCUCCCGCUGGUCCCAGACCGAAAUAUCUUUUUCAGCUUCCGAUGUCUUCAUCAUUGUUGCAGGAUGCUUGUUCGGUCAGGGUUCUAGUAUGGCCUUGAAGUCCAACGCCGGCCGGCUGCUCCAUCUCUCCUGCCUGCUCCUCCAGAUCCUCCUCAUGGCCCAUUACACGAGUGACCUCAUCUCGGGGCUGGCCAUGGGUCCCCCCCUCCCCUCGGUCAACACCAUCGAUGAUAUUAAUCGUAACAGCAAACUGACUCUCGGAUGGCGCAAAGGCUCGUCCCUCGGUGAGAUCUUCAAGACUUCCGUCAGCCCCGCCUACAGGAGAGUGUGGGAAAAGGCCGAGGAGGGCGCCACGGGGGCCCUGACGCUGUCCAUGGAGGAAGCCGCAGCGAGAGUCCUUGAAGAACCGUACCUCUUCAUAUCCUCCGAAGUUGCUAUCCUGUACACCUUCGGCCAGGACUGCCAGGUGUACAUCCUACCGUCGUCCUACUUCCCCGUGCAGCAGUCCUUCGCCCUCAGGAAGGGGUCGCCGCUCGUCCCCAUCUUGAAUAAAGUGAUGCUGGACAUCUGGUCGACCGGCAUGAUAGACAAGUGGAAGACGAAGUGGUCACCUGCCACGAGCGACUGCAAUAUCCUGGAGACGAAGCCCAUCAUUCUCAAGACGCUGUUGACCGUCUUCCUCGUCCUGGGAUCCGUCGCGGUGAAUGCGGUUGCGGUCUUGCUGGUGGAGCGAAGGAGGAAGCUAUCUCUAGUGCGCAUGCGCAGUGGCAGCUUCCAGGAUCAACUUUUAAUACACCUCUGGACCAGGUUCCACUAUUACCGCAGAUUAAACGAAUGUGAUACUAGAACCAUGAUUUCAGUAUUGAUUGGAUUCAGUAUGAUUACCUGUAAAUCAAGAUCACACUUCCGUGCAGAAAUCUGUCUCUUCAUCUUGGAAACGUUUGCCCUUCAAAAAGGACUUUAUGAACAGAAAGAGGUGAAAGUCAGAUGGUGCAAGGUCAGGCGAAUAAGGAGGAUGCGGAAGGAUGCCAUAGCCAUAGGACUAUGCUUCCAUCUAGGCAAUGUAAGAGCUGUGAACAUGGGCAUUGUCAUGUAUGAGAGGCACACCUUUGGUGAACAUUCCACGUUUCCUGGUUUUGAUAGCCUCCCGCAAUUUCUGCUGCAUUGA